UGCCUCCGACGCGGCUGAGGCUCCCGGGGCUCUGGGCGGCCUCCCAGCGCGCAGCCAUGCGGGUGGUCGAGUGCCUGGCCCGGCUGCUCUGGCCGCUCUCGCUCCUCUUCGCCGGGUCUUGGGAAGCUCUUUUCCACCCCAGGCAAGAAGCCCUGGUGAGGACUCUGGCGUCCUACGAAGUGGUGACCCCGGCGCGGGUCAAUGAGUUCGGAGACGUGUUCCCGCAGGACCGGCACUUCAGCCGCAGGAAGCGCAGCUCUGGGGCGCCGGAGUCCGCGCCGUUCCGGACGCACUACCGCAUCCUCGCCUACGGGCAGCUCUUCCAGCUGAACCUGAGCGCCGAUGCCGCCUUCCUGGCCCCCGGCUACACUGAGGUGCACUUGGGGACCCCUGCGCGCGGGGCCGCGGGCCGCAGCGCGGAGCCCCCAGACCUGCGCCACUGCUUCUACCGCGGCCAGGUCAAUGCGCGCGAGGACCACACCGCCGUCUUCAGCCUGUGCGGGGGACUGACGGGAACAUUUAGAACACACGAUGGUGAAUAUUUCUUAGAACCUGUCAUGAAGGCAGACGGGAGCGAACAUGAAGAUGACCACAACAAGCCACACCUGAUAUACAGACAGGCGUUAAAGAGGAGUCUCUUUGAGCAGUCUCAUGGACCUUGUGAAGUUUCAGAAAAUCAGAUAAAGAAAGCUGCCUUACCCGUCCAUAACUUCAGCAGCAUGAAUGAAGAUGUUACUGUAAAGAAGGAAGCUGUUUUCCAAGCAGAAGAAGAGAGAGGUCAGGUCCAUUCUAGGAAUAAACGUUUCUUGUCAUAUCCAAGAUAUGUAGAGGUUAUGGUCACAGCUGACGCGAAGAUGGUUCUCCACCACGGGCAGAAUCUGCAGCACUACGUGCUAACACUAAUGUCGAUUGUUGCUGCAAUCUACAAGGACUCAAGCAUUGGAAACCUGAUAAACAUCGUGAUUGUAAAGCUGAUUGUAAUUCACAGUGAGCAGGAGGGACCUGUCAUCAGCUUUAACGCAGCCACCACAUUACGCAACUUCUGCCUGUGGCAGCAGACGCAGAACGUGCUAGAAGACACUCACCCUUCCCACCACGACACUGCCGUGCUCAUCACCAGGGAGGACAUCUGUGGAGCUCGUGAGAAAUGUGACACCUUAGGCCUAGCUGAGUUAGGGACCCUGUGCGAUCCUCUACGGAGCUGCUCCGUCAGUGAAGAAAACGGACUGAGUGCUGCCUUCACCAUCGCCCACGAGCUUGGGCACAUAUUUAAUGUUCCACAUGAUGACAGUUUUAAAUGUAAAGAAGCUGGAAUUAAACAUCAGUAUCACGUAAUGGCCCCAACUUUAAAUUACCACACGAGUCCUUGGACGUGGUCAAAAUGUAGUCAGAAAUAUAUAACUGAAUUUCUAGACACUGGCCAUGGAGAAUGCCUUCUUGACAAACCAAAUGGGAGAACAUACGACCUGUCUCCACAGCUCCCCGGCCUAAUGUAUGACGUGAACAAACAGUGUGAGCUCAUGUUCGGUCCUGGAUCACAAGUGUGUCCCUAUUUGAGACAGUGCCGGCGUCUCUGGUGCACGAGUACGGAGGGCGUCCACAGGGGCUGUCGCACGCAGCACAUGCCUCUGGCCGACGGGACGCACUGUGGCCCUGGGAUGCAUUGCCACCGUGGCCUGUGUGUGAACAAAGACCUGGAGGCCCGUCCCGUGGAUGGCGAAUGGGGCCCCUGGGGGCCUUACGGUUCUUGCUCCAGAACUUGUGGAGGCGGAAUCAGAAGCACCGCCAGGCUCUGUAACCGUCCCGAGCCAAGAAACGGAGGAAGGUACUGUGUGGGCCGCAGGAUGAAAUUUCGAUCAUGUAACACUGAUUCAUGUCCAAAAGGCAAGCGCGAUUUCCGAGAGAAGCAGUGCUCUGACUUUGAUGGUAAACAUUUCAGCAUCAAUGGUCUCCCCUCAAAUGUGCGGUGGCUGCCCAAGUACAGCGGGAUUGCCAUGAAAGAUCGUUGUAAGCUCUAUUGCCGGGUGGCUGGGACCAGCAGCUUCUACCAGCUGAAGGACAGGGUUGCUGAUGGCACUCCCUGUGGAGCAGAGACAAACGACAUCUGUGUUCAAGGCCUCUGUCGGCAAGCUGGCUGUGAUCACGUGUUAAACUCCAGGGCCAGGAGAGACAAAUGUGGCGUGUGUGGUGGAGAUAACUCUUCAUGCCGGACACUAGCAGGUGUCUUCAACAGCGCGCAUUACGGAUACAAUGUCGUUGUAAAGAUUCCCGCAGGAGCAACAAACAUUGAAAUUCUCCAGCACAGCUAUUCUGGAAAACCAGAAGAUGACAAUUACCUCGCAUUAUCUGACACUCAAGGGAAUUUUCUUUUGAAUGGAAACUUUGUUGUAAGUAUGUCAAAAAAAGAAAUCAACAUCCAAGGAGCUAUUUUUGAAUACAGUGGCUCAAACAACUCAAUUGAAAGAAUUAACAGUACAGAUCAGCUGGAGGAAGAGCUUGUUCUGCAGGUGCUAUGUGUGGGUAAUUUAUACAACCCUGACGUACACUAUUCCUUCAACAUCCCUGUGGAGGAGAGGAGUGAUCUGUUCUCCUGGGAUCCAUAUGGGCCGUGGCAAGACUGUACCAAAAUGUGCCAAGGUCUUCAUAGAAGAAAAAUUGCCUGCAUACGUAAGAGUGACCAUAUGGUUGUGUCUGAUCAAAGUUGUGACCACUUACCACUACCCUUGUUUGUGACUGAGAGGUGCAAUACCGACUGUGAACUAAGGUGGCACAUUACUGGCAAAAGUGAAUGCUCAUCAAACUGUGGUCCAGGAUAUAGGUCCCUGGACGUCCACUGCAUGAAAUAUUCCAUUCAUAAAGGACAGGCUGUUCCAGUAGAGGACCAGUAUUGUGGUGACCAACUCAAACCUCCUACUCGAGAACUAUGUCAUGGUGACUGUGUCAUAACCAGGUGGCAUUAUUCAGAGUGGUCCCAGUGUUCCAGGAGUUGCGGAGGAGGGGAAAGGACUCGGGAGUCUUACUGUAUAAAUAAUUUUGGCCACCGACUUGCUGAAAGAGAAUGCCAAGCGCUUCCUCGGGUGAUACUUGAGAACUGCAACAGGUUUUCUUGUCCCAGUUGGGCUACGAGUGAGUGGAGUGAGUGUCCUGUUACAUGUGGAAAAGGAGCCCAGCAGAGGCAGGUUUGGUGUCGGCUGAAUGAUGAUCAGUUGAGUGAUGGCUUCUGUAAUGAGAGUACCAAGCCCGAGUCUCUGAGACCCUGUGAGCUUCGCUUGUGUACUUCUUGGCACGUAGGACCCUGGGGUUCUUGCACAGCCACUUGUGGACAUGGGUAUCAGAUGCGUGUGGUCAAGUGUGUCAGCGAGCUUUUUGGUGCCGUGCUGGAUGACAGGGAAUGCCAGGGAUCCACCCGCCCAAGUGACAGGCAGGACUGCAGCGUUGCACCUUGCCUAGUUGGGGCCACUGCCUCACCAGCUGUUCCCUUGGGAAAAGUAGCACACUGGCGCCAUGGAUCCUGGACCCCAUGCUCUGUGUCUUGUGGAAGAGGCAGUCAAGCCCGUUAUGUAAGCUGUCGCGAUGUGCAUGAUGGAGCGGUAGACCAAUCGUACUGUGCCCACUCACCCCGACCUGCUCAAGUAUCUGUCUGCUUCAGCCCUUGUGGAGAAUGGCGAGCAGGGAAUUGGUCACCUUGCUCAGCUUCCUGUGGACAUGGGAAAACCACUCGACAAGUUUUAUGCAUCAACCACCACCAGCCAAUUGAUGAGAAUUACUGUGACCCUCAAGUUCGGCCUGUGAUAGAGCAAGAAUGUCACUUGGCCACCUGCCCAUCCUCCUACAGCCUCUCUCCUAACUCCCCUGCGCACCCGAGCCACUUGCCAGGCAGAAACACUCCAUUAACUGACAAGCCAGAAGAGAAUCAGGGGGUCCGUCUGUCACUAGGAGGAAACCAGUGGAGAACAGGUCCUUGGGGAGCAUGCUCUAGCAGCUGUGCAGGAGGUCUUCAGCGCAGGGUUGUGGUCUGCCAGGAUGAGGACGGGCGAAGUGCCACUCGCUGCAGUGCUGCCUCCAGGCCCCCUGAGUCCAAGCACUGCAAUCCAGGACCCUGUCCACGCUGGAGCUACGGGAGCUGGGGAGAAUGUUCACAAACAUGUGGAGGAGGAAUAAAAUCAAGAUUUGUAAUAUGUCAAUUUCCCAGUGGCCAAAUGUCACAAGAUGACAACUGUGAACCCCUGCACAAGCCACCUAGUGUGGCUCAGUGUCACACGCACGCCUGCCCUGAUGAUGUGUCCUGGAAUCGGGGUCCCUGGAAAUCGUGCUCAGCAUCUUGUGGUAAAGGUAUAAAGUACCGGGAAGUACUUUGCACUGAUAGAUUCCAAGGGAAAUUAGAAGAAAAAUAUUGCAGUCAUCUGCAGAAACCUCGAACUCACAAAGCUUGCAGAUCUGGCCGAUGCCCUUCAUGGAAAGCCAACCAAUGGAAGGAGUGCUCUGUGACCCAUGGCUCUGGAGUGCAGCAAAGGGAUGUGUACUGCAGAAUGAGAGGUGUUGGUCCAGUGGCUGAAAAAAUGUGUGCUCCCUCUACCCGGCCCCCUGGUCAAAGGCGGUGUUGGCAUGAGGCUGGUAUGAAGUACCAGUGGGUGGCAGGACACUGGCAGGAGUGUUCAACAUCAUGUAAGAAAAAAGAAACAUACCGGCUAGUGAAGUGCGUGAAUGCACAAAACAUGCAAGUGAAUGAAAGUUUCUGCGAUCCUUUAAGCCGACCUCUUUCAAUCAAAACGUGCAGGAGUCCUCUCUGCAAGUAUGUGGUGGUAACAGGAGACUCAUCACAGUGUGCAGGUGGCUGUGGAUUCAGUUACCCACAAAAGAUUACAUAUUGCAUUAGGAUCCGGUCUACCAAGAAGCAUAAGUCCCAUCAGCUUUGGCCUGUAGACUAUUGGGAAUGCCCUGUGCUGCCUUCUCCAGCUUACAAAUGCAACGUUAGAAGCUGUUUGCAUGUGGCCACUUGGAAAGUUGGAAAAUGGAGCAAGUGCUCAGUAACUUGCGGAACUGGGGUAAUGGAGAGAAGAGUGGAAUGCAUGACUGAAAAUGGUUGGCCCAGUGACUUGUGUUUAAAAUAUUUAAAGCCAGAUGCUCAAAAGAAAUGCUACGCCAGUGACUGUAAAUCGUUUACUACCUGCAAAGAAAUCCAAGUUAAAAACAACGUUACCAAGGAUGGUGACUAUUAUCUUAACAUCUGGGGAAGAAUGCUGAAGAUUCAUUGCUCAGGCAUGAAGUUGGAGAGCCCGCAGGAAUAUUUGCCGCUGGUCAAAGGCGAAGACAACUUCUCUGAAGUCUAUGGAUUUAGACUGCAGAAUCCAUAUGAAUGCCCUUUUAAUGGAGGUAGGAGGCAAGACUGUGAAUGUAAAAAUGAUUAUCCAGCUGCUGGAUACACUGUUUUCAGCAAAGUAAGAAUUGAUCUCGCUUCCAUGCAAAUCAAAACCACAGACCUCCUUUAUUCCCAGACACUGUCUGGGCGGGCGGUUCCGUUUGCCACAGCUGGGGACUGCUAUAGCGCUGCGAGGUGCCCACAGGGACAGUUCAGCAUUAACUUGGCAGGAACUGGGGUGAAGAUAUCCAACACAGCCAAGUGGCUCGCUCAGGGGAGGCAUGCCUCUGUCAUCAUCCACAGAUCCCAAGAUGGAACCAAAGUCUAUGGCAGGUGUGGAGGGUUCUGUGGGAAAUGUGUUCCUCACAUGGCUGCUGGUCUCCCCAUUCAAGUGGUCUGAGUGUCAGAAACGGGAUGUGCCUGAUAAAGGAGAUGUCCUGAGAAACGUGGCUCUUUGGUGCUCCUUUCCUUACUCCUCCGUUCCGGAUAAUUCCGUAUUCAGAGCUUUGUGUGUCAAGGUGCUCACCAAUGAUUCAGGUCACUUAAUGUUUUAAAGACAGUUUAACAGAUAUGACCACAAUCAGGAUCAUCUUCAAAUGACAUCGUUGCUUAUAGGGAAUUCAAGCGUGCUUGAAUGAAUUACACGAAGACAUCGUUGCUGUUAACAGCUUUGAAUGGGCCAUCAUUAUCUUAUAUUGUUAGCAGCACACGUGCAAACCAACCUGGUCAGUUUCCCACGGUACAAUGAAGUGAUUCCAUGUGUUAAAAUGGAGCAAAUAAAAUUAGGAAAAACUAUUUUACACUACUGUAAGCAUGAUUGUAUGUCAGUAAUUAUCAAAUUAAUAAUUCCACCAAACAAGCCCAUAGCCAUUAUAUUUCUACUGACAUAUAUGUUCAUACAUAUAUAAUAUAUAUAUAUUUCAGGUCCCUUGUUUUAUUUUUUUCUUUAAUUUCACUUGUGGAUUAUGGUGCUUCAAUAAAACGGCCCUAAAAGUGUGUACAAAUUUUUGUUAAAAUUCACACUGUGUUAAAUGUUAUAUUGAAAUUUGUGUGUGUAAAAUAGAGAAGGUAUGAGAUACUAGAAUUUGAUUUUAAAAACCCUACCUCCUCAAUUUGAUUGUACUUACAAAUAAUAUGCUGUUUUAUGUUUAUGUACUAUUAUGCCUUUACAAGUCAUAUAUAUAUUCCUUAAAAAACUGUUUUCUCAAAGGUAUAUGCUAUAUUUUAUUAACCAGUAGAAAGAUGGGGAUUCUUAAAAUUUUGAUCCUAAAUUUUGGUUGAACAUAGUUAUGUUUCCCUGUACAAAAAUUAUGUUAGAAAUUGUACGUGUAAGGGUUCUGUAGAGGAACAGAAGGCUAGACCGUGUUUUAAAAGGAGAUUGAUUAGUUUGCUUUACAUGAAACAGUCUGCAUUCUCCAGCAAUGACUGUCUUCACACUGAAGAGCCCAGAUGCCUCUGCUGUCCCAAUCUGGUGCUAAAGCCCUGGAAGGCGACUGGUGAGCCACUGGCCUUCAAUCCACAUAGCAAAGCCAUAGAUGCAUUCUGAUGUCAGAGAUGUUCAACUUAUUUUAUAUUGGAGUGUUCUUAAAGAUCAAACAUAAAUGAAUAUUUAAAUUAACAGUUAUAGUUAGAUUCUCAGGUAUUAAGAGAUUUUUUUUCAUGUUGCUAUUUUAAUUGUGUGUUAUAUACUAUUUUAAUUAUGUGUAUUAAGAGAUUUUUUUCAUGUGGCUAUUUUAAUUGUG